AUGGAGGUGAAGAACUUUGCAGUUUGGGAUUAUGUUGUUUUUGCAGCCCUUUUUGUUAUUUCCUCUGGAAUUGGAGUGUUUUUUGCUGUCAAGGAGAGAAAAAAAGCAUCUUCCCGGGAGUUUUUAGUUGGGGGAAGGCAAAUGAGCUUUGGCCCCGUAGCACUAUCUCUGACAGCUAGUUUCAUGUCAGCUGUCACUGUCUUGGGAGCCCCUUCUGAGGUCUACCGCUUUGGUGCAUCCUUCCUACUCUUCUUCAUUGCCUACACAUUUGUUAUCAUUUGUACAUCAGAGCUCUUUCUCCCCGUGUUCUACAGAUCUGGCAUCACCAGCACUUAUGAGUACUUACAACUCCGAUUCAACAAACCAGUUCGCUAUGCGGCAACAGUCAUCUACAUUGUGCAGACGAUUCUUUACACAGGAGUGGUUGUGUAUGCUCCGGCUCUUGCUCUCAAUCAAGUGACUGGGUUUGAUCUCUGGGGCUCUGUGUUUGCAACAGGAAUUGUUUGCACAUUCUACUGCACCCUGGGAGGAUUAAAAGCAGUGGUGUGGACAGAUGCAUUUCAGAUGGUUGUCAUGAUUGUGGGCUUCUUAACAGUUCUCAUUCAAGGAUCAGCUCAUGCUGGUGGAUUUCACAGUGUAAUAGAAAAAUCAAUGAAUGGAUCUCGACUAAAUAUAUUUGAUUUUGAUGUAGAUCCCCUCAGGCGGCACACAUUUUGGACAAUCUCAGUGGGAGGAACUUUUACUUGGCUAGGGAUAUAUGGAGUCAAUCAGUCAACCAUCCAGCGAUGCAUCUCUUGCAAAACAGAAAAACAUGCAAAACUAGCUUUAUACUUUAACUUGUUGGGUCUCUGGAUCAUUCUGACUUGUUCAGUCUUCUCUGGCUUAAUAAUGUAUUCCCACUUCAAAGAAUGUGACCCUUGGACUUCUGGAAUUAUCUCAGCACCAGAUCAGCUGAUGCCAUACUUUGUCAUGGAGAUAUUUUCCACAAUGCCUGGACUUCCAGGACUCUUCGUGGCAUGUGCCUUCAGUGGAACUUUGAGCACUGUGGCUGCCAGCAUCAAUGCCUUAGCAACAGUAACUUUUGAGGAUUUUGUCAAGAGCUGUUUUCCCAAUCUCUCGGACAAGAUGAACACCUGGAUCAGUAAAGGCUUAUGUCUCCUGUUUGGCGGGAUGUGUACUUCCAUGGCUGUGGCUGCGUCCUUCAUGGGGGGUGUUGUGCAGGCUGCUCUCAGCAUCCAUGGUAUGUGUGGAGGGCCAAUGCUGGGCUUGUUCUCUCUUGGAAUUAUAUUCCCUUUUGUGAACUGGAAGGGUGCCCUAGGAGGUCUUUUGACUGGAAUAAUCUUGUCAUUUUGGGUGGCCAUCGGUGCCUUCAUUUACCCUGUACCAGCCUCCAAGACAUUGCCCUUGCCGUUAUCAACAGAAAAUUGUGUGUCCUUCAAUGAGACAGAAUCAGUGUCUCCCGUGCUAUCCGCCAGGCCUGCGAUUGCUGAUACCUGGUAUUCACUCUCCUACCUUUACUACAGUGCAGUGGGAUGCCUAGGUUGCAUUGGUGCUGGAAUAAUCAUCAGUUUCAUAACAGGUCCCCAAAGUGGCAAGGAUGUUAAGCCACUAUUAAUUAGACCAGUUAGCAAUUUAUUUUGCUUUUGGUCUCAGAAGUACAAAAGACUGUGCUGGUGUGGAGUUCAACAUGACAGUAAGACAGAACAGGAAAACCUUGAGAGUGGCAGUACCUGGAAACAAGGGUCUGAAGCUGUUUUACAGAAUGGACUCAGGCGAGAAAGCCUGGCUCAGAUUCAAGGACAUGAUCCCAAGGACAAAAGCUACAGUGACAUGAAUUUAGAGAAAGUUACCCAUUUCUAA